AUGAAGAUGGUGUCGGCGCUGCUUCUGCUGAGCACCCUCCUGGGUACCCCUGCGGUGCCUUCCCGAAACCCCUCUUGUUACAAGAGGGCCCUCAAAGGCCACAGCUGUCACAACAUCCCCGAGGGCACCAUGAACCUUCGGCAAAUCGAUGAUGGUCUGCAGGAUCACUUUUGGGAAGGGAAAGGCUGCAAGGUGAUCUGUUACUGCAACUUGAACGAAUUGCUCUGCUGCCCAAAGGAUAUUUUCUUUGGACCAAAAAUAUCUUUUGUGAUCCCCUGCAACAGUCAAUGA